AUGACUACCAAAUUCUACAAGUUAAAUGCUGCAAAGCUAAAUAUACCAUCGAUAAUAAAAAUAAGAAAGAUGCCCGAACAUUUAAAACAUAAAGAGAUAAUAGAAACUAAUUUAAAAAACUAUUCAGUUAUACGAGUAAUGAAAAGCACAACUUUAUCAAAAAAAGAUCAUAAAAAAAAUCGCUUUUACAACUCAAUAUCAUUUGAGCCACAUUUAGUACAAGUCGUAAUUAUUGAGAACCCAAUAACACUUUAUAAGUUUUUGAAGUCAACUCCAAAACAAUUAUUUAAAUAUACGAGAGGCUUGAAUAUAAUUUUGUUUUCUUCGAUCAAUGUCGAAAUCGAAGAUAUCCAAAAAUUUUUAAUUUUCUAUUGGGAAGAAUAUCAGAGAUUAAAUGUGAUCGUACAAGCACCAUUUUGUUGCAAAUUGAACACUUCUUGGGUUAUUUUCAAGCCUUUUGAACCAACUCAAUUCGGCUUUGGACAAAUUCAAAUUCACGAUUUGGAACAUAUGUUGCAAACUAACAUGAAUUUACUACAGAAUCAUGCUGCACGUUUGAAUGGUUACCCUCUACGUAUUUCUUUAUUCGAAAGAUAUCCAACAGCAUUGACGUCUUUACCGAAAUUAUUAGAAGAUUCAAAAAUUUAUAAGCCAUUUUCAAAUUCUCCUGGACUGUUCGGUGUUGAUGGUAUGUCUAUGAGAUAUUUAUCAAAAAUAAUGAAUUUCGAGAUAAAUUUAUGUACCGAUAGUGAAUGUCAAUAUUUCGGAGUAGUAUUCAGUAGUAAUAGAUCAGUUAUUGGAAGUUUGAAUAAAAUUUUAGAAAGAACUAUAGAUAUUCAAGGCAAUGGAUGGUUUAUCAUGGAUUAUGGAAUCAAAAAUCUGGAAUUUACUUUACCUUAUGAUUUUGAUGAGCUCUGCAUUGUAACGCUUAAAGCUCCUAAAAAACCCGUGUGGCUAAAAAUGCUUUUUCUGUUUAAAGAAGAUGCUGGCAUCGCUAUUAUUGUUACAAUUUUAUUGUUGACUGUUAUAAAUAGGCAACAUUCAUUAAUCGACUCUGCUAUGGAAAUGUAUUGCAUACUUAUUGGACAACCAUCGUUGUGCGCUAUAAAAAAAAAUCAGCUUUGGAAAAGAAUCCUCAUUGGAAGUGCUUCAAUAUUUUCCUUAAUCAUCACAACAGUUUUUACGUCGACAUUAUUUAUGGCUUUACAAACCGUAACUUAUUUCCCUAAUAUGCAAACUCUGGAGGAAGUUGAUAAUUCCAAUGUAAAAAUGAUAAGCUCUUUUGAUCCAUUUGCAAAAAGCCCUUUGAAGCUUUAUGAAAGAUUGUCAAAAAAAUUCAUGUUGGAUCCAAAACUAACUGACAUUUUAAAAUGUGUCGUUCAAGGCCUAGGAGCUGGAGUGGAACGAUAUACCGAUGGACAGCUCAGGAUUGCAACCGAAUAUUUAAGUCCAGAUGGGAGCCCUCUAUUGCACAUAGUCCCUGAUUGUCCCAAGAAAAUGUUUUUAGGUUACCUCACCCCUAUGGGUUCACCUUAUUUGGAAGUUAUCAACUAUUACUUACGGAAAUUCGGCGAAGCUGGCCUUUUCAUCAAAUGGCAUCAAGAUUUUAUUUAUGCUAUAAAGUUAGUAGUCCAAACGCAUCAUCACAACAAGCAUGGGAAAAUAAGGGUUUUGGAUUUGAAUGACGUUUAUGUGGCUUUUUGUAUUUUGAUUUACGGAUUGUUGGGCUCUUUUUUCGUGUUUUUAGUGGAGAUUUUGAAGGGACAAUACGAUACGCGAAGACAACGAUUGAAAAAUCAAGGAAGAAGAAAAUUUAUUUGUAAUAUUUUCAGACUUAAUAAUAAAGGAGUUUAUAAGUAA